AAAGAAUAAUUUCUAACUUCUUUCUCGACAUGGCAAGUGUAGCAGUCCAACAAGGCAAAAACCUGGCAAGCGGAGGGACAAAAACCCUUCUCUCAAAGAAAACAUAAGUCAGAACAAGGGUUUUAGGCGGCUGGAUUGCUGCCUCUCGACCUGAGGAGGCGGCGAAGCCCGAAGGGAAAGUAAAAUGAAGUGGUUUAAGCCCGCUGCACGGCUAGGCUAGGCUAGGGUUUCGCCUCCACGCGAUGUAUCGUCACCUCCGCCUCCGCCUCCGCUGCCGCCGCCUCCUCUCCACCUCCGCUGCCGCCUCCUCUCCACCUGCACAGUCGGCUCCUCUCCUUUUCCGCCACCGUCCCAUCUCCUCUCUUUCUUCUCCGCCCCAUCCCCAGUCCCUCUCCCCUAGCCCUCCCCGCUACCUCCCCCCCGAUCCCGAUGACCCCUCCACCCUCCUCCGCGAGGACCCCAUCUCACUCUGCGCUUCCCUCUGGAUCGACAACUUCCGCGACCCCUCCGCCACGGCCUCCUCCCUCUCCCCCCACCUCCGCCGCCUCGAGCUCUGGGUGCUCGCAUACCAGAAGGCUUACGCCGACGAGACGGGUUCCUACCUUCCCAAGUCCUCCGUCUCCCGCCCCGCCCUCGAAUCCCUCCUCGCCCUCCGCAACGCCGUCCUCGACGGCCGCUUCCGCUGGGGCGCCCGCCUGGACCUCUUCAUUCGCUCCCCCCGCGACAAGACCGACCCCUCCUCCCUCUCCAAGCGCAAGCUCCGCGCCCUCCUCACCUCCACCCAGCCCCCGCCCUUCCAGGACUGCAUCGUCCAAGAAGUCCUGCUCAUGAUCCUCGAGCCCAUCUACGAGGCCCGCUUUUCUCAGAAAUCUUUCGCCUUCCGCCCCGGCCGCAGCCCCCACGCCGUCAUCCGCACCAUCCGCCGCAGCUUCGCUGGCUACCUCUGGUACAUCAAGGGCGACCUCAGCACCAUUCUCGACGGGGUCAAGCCUGCGCUGAUCAUCAAUGCGUUGAUUCGGGACGUCAGGGAUAAGAAAGUGGUGGACUUGAUCAAGUCGGCACUCACUACCCCGGUGAUCACUGGCCGCCCCAUGGACGAGGAGGCUGCCAGGAAGAAAAAGAAGAAGAGGAAGUAUCAGAAGAAGCGGGUCUUGGCCGAGGACGAGCCGAAGCCCGACCCCUACUGGCUCCAAACCUUUUUUGGCUUUGCCCCUGAAGAGGCCGAGAAGCUCCCCGAUUGGGGCCACUGCGGGGUUUUGAGCCCCUUGCUUGCAAAUGUGUAUCUUGAUGAGCUUGACAAGUGGAUGGAGGAGAAGAUCAAGGAGUUCUACCGGCCUUCGAAGUCUGAUGUUAUAUGGACCGGCGGUGAAGAGCAGGGGAACACGUCAUGGCCGGAGUUUGUCCCGACCAGCGGGCCUGACAAGACCCGGAAGACGGACUACGUUCGAUAUGGUGGGCACUUCUUGAUCGGGGUCAGGGGGCCUCGGGCAGAUGCUGCAGUGCUUAGAAAGCAGUUGAUUGAAUUCUGUGACCAGAGGUACCAGCUAAAAUUAGACAAUGAGAGCCUCCCGAUCGAGCACAUCACCAAGGGGAUCAUGUUUCUUGACCAUGUGCUGUGCCGCCGAGUGGUGUAUCCAACGCUGAGGUACACGGCGACUGGUGGGAAGAUCAUCAGCGAGAAGGGUGUAGGAACACUAUUAUCGGUCACUGCUAGCCUGAAGCAGUGUAUCAAGCAGUUUAGGAAGUUGGAGUUCUUGAAGGGUGAUCGGGACCCUGAUCCACAGCCCUGUUUCAGGAUGUUCCAUGCCACACAGGCGCACACAAAUGCCCAGAUGAACAAGUUCUUGCAAACUAUCGUGGAAUGGUAUCGGUAUGCCGAUAAUCGCAAGAAAGUUGUGAACUUUUGUUCUUAUAUCAUAAGGGGAUCCUUGGCAAAGCUAUAUGCUGCCAAGUACAAGCUGCGGUCGAGGGCAAAGGUGUACAAAAUUGCAUCGAGGAAUCUCAGUCGGCCAUUGAAGGAAAAGAAGGGGCAGUCACCCGAGUACCAUAAUUUGUUGCGGAUGGGUCUGGUGGAUUCAAUUGAUGGGCUUCAGUACACUCGGAUGUCUCUGGUGCCUGAGACGGAUUACACCCCAUUUCCAGGUGGCUGGAGGCCGGAUCAUGAGAAGGUUUUGUUGGAGUAUAUAAGGCUUGAGGACCCAAGGACUCUUGAAGAGCAGAGGAAUUGUCUUAGGAAGCAGGGCCUUGUUACCCCGCAAGAUUAUGUUUCAGUGCUCGUUUGGAACUACAAGAAGAGUGCUCUUGUCUUGCCUCCUCUGGAGGAGAAUGAUGCCCAAAGAGCUAAAGAAGAGUUAUUGGGAUCAAAUAGGGAUGAAAUCAAGGAUAAGAUAGGAGAAGGCGAAGAGAAUGGAGGUGUCUUACAGGCUGCACAGAUGUGAGGGUGUGAGGGUGAUUGGCUAUUGCUCUGUGUGUUUCUGUUGAGUGUGAAAAUAGGAGAAGAGCAUGACACAGUUUCUGAGUUGUAUUCUGAUUGGCAACCAACAAUUCUACCUAUAAAUUAUAUAUUAGGGUAGUCUGUACAUUUGCAAAAUGUAUCACUAAAAUCUGUUGGAGAAAAUAAUAUUCAUUAACUUACUUGGUUAAAAAAGAAUGCUUCCAAGGUCUUUCUCCAACGAACUACCAUUCACAAAUAUCCCCAUGUGGAGCUUAUAACUUUGAUUCUGUAAUGGUAUUUAUUGAUCAGAGUGCUAAUUCAAGAAACAGUCAGCCACAAAUACUAGCCCACUGGUCUGUACAUGGCAAAGAUGAGAGCGAAGCUGAAGCCACUUCGUCAAGUACUUGUGGCCUUGUUUGGAUUUUGAAUUUCCUGUAACGGCCUUGCGGAAAGUGGAAGGAAUUAAAUUUUUAGUUAAAUUGUUAUUCCUACCUGAAGUCACUCCCUCUGCACAAGGACUAGUGUUGUUAUUGCAGUUUUCCACUGACCAAAUUUUUGUGGCCGGACUUAGCAGAACUAAAGCAGCACUUGCAAGAACAUAUAAUUGUAAUCAGCUGCUUGUCAUGCUGCUGUUGGUUUGAAGCUAAUGCAACUCGAGCAUAGUUCUCUGAUUGCAUAGUGAUUUUUCUUUUCCUCUGUCUCUCUCUUUUUACUUUUUUUGGGGGGCUGCUUUUCUGCUGAGCGACAUUGUACUCCUGUGUCAUCAAGGUCUUCAAUAUAUGCUUAAAUAGAAGCAUAUAUCCAGAAUUAUUCUUGCUUUAUCGGAGUUUGACACAAUGAAAA